GAGAGCAAAGAAAGGGUCGCCCGACUGAGGAUGGAGUGUGCAUUUGAAGCACAGAAUCUGAUCUCCAUUUCUUUGAGGAAAAUCCAAAGCUCCAGGACGCAGAGAGGAGGCAUCAAGCUCCACAAGAACUUACUGGUAACGUACGUACUGAGAAACGCCAGGCAGUUCUACAUGAGCAAAAACUUGUCGCAGAUGCAGAGGACGAAUCCGUACGAGGAUGUAACCGUAGUCCGAGAAAGGCAAGAAUACCUCGAAUGGACGGGGAGCUUCACGGAGUUGGCUGAUGACUUCUACUGCAACUUUACUGGGGUUGAGUCGGACACUUGGCACUGCGGAGCGCACCAGCCCAACGGUCAGCCUGCAGAGGUGGCGCACCAAGGCGCAUCUGCCUGCGCAAUGGAUUCACCGAGUGACUCUGACCUCAUGGUUUCGGACGCCUGUUGGAGCUGUGCGGACAAAUCCUCCUGGGAGUUAUCUAUCCCGAACACGCAAGCCAACCAAAAGACUGUCCUGGACUUGGACACCCAUGUGGUGACUACUGUCACGAACGGAUACUUCCACACAGACUGUUGCGCGCAGCCCAAACAGCCGCAGGGCGCGCAGUGCUACACAAAAAAGCGAAAGAUUGACAUAAGUUAUCAUAUCGUUGAUCCAGAGUUUUAUUUGCCAGACUUUGCGCCAGUGCCGUGUAAAAGAAUGAGGAGUGAUGAUGAUUCACAUUCAGACUCUGACCAGUUGGACAGCACAAACAUCUCCAACCUGAUCUCGGUGCUGGGCUCAGGUGGGCUAUCUGAGUUUGUGAGUUGGCAGCAAACGGACCUUGAGCAAAUAUUCGCCACUCAAACAAUUUGUUUAAAACACACGCUGUUAACAGGCAGCGGCUGGACCAGAGCAAUCGAAGCAUUUUGAUAUGUAUGACUGUGUGUUUUUAAUUUCUUUGUAUCGUUUUAUUUUGCUGCUUUUAAAUAAAUCAUGACACGAC